GUCUGAUCCGGUACUUCCUGCGGCGCAAUGCUGGCUGAUCCGCAGGGCGGACCCUCGACACCGUCCGGGUUUCAGUUCCCGGAUUCGUCUGCGACUGAAUGUUUCUGACCAAGACCUACAGUCUUCGCAAGCACCACCGGAUGUUUCAGUUCUGGACGGUGUGUGCUUCGGCCGGGAGAUGUCUCUGUAUCCUCGGAAGCGACGAAAGCGAGGGUGGCCGGCCGGGCGGUCGGCGGCGUUGCGGGAGCGGGGCGGAGAGGAGAGGAUGGCGGCGGUAGGCUGGCUGGGUGUCACUCGCUCCAUGUUCAAAGCCGCAGGGAGCAGCCGAAGAUGCAAUUGGAGAGUAGGUUUUCUUGGCUUCACUGGGUCCAAGUUAAAAGCUAAGGUUCAGGAAGGUGCCUUAAAUUUAGGAAGAGGAUUCACUCUGAUGUUACUGGCCUUCCUAGGUUAUAAGACAUACAAAAAUAUUCCACGAGCAUUAUUAGUUUAUGCUAAUCAAACAGUGGAAGAGAUAAUAGACCAGGCUGACUAUCUUUAUGGGACUGGAGAGGUGACUAAGCUUUAUCACCUUCUUAUCGAACACAAGAACAGUAUGAAUGGCGAGCUUCUCUGGCGCCUUGCUCGAGCAUCACGUGACUUGGCUCACUUAGAAAGUACUUCUGUGGAAAAGAAGCAGCAACUAACUUAUGAAGCCUUGGAGUUUGCCAAAAAGUCUCUAGAAAUAAAUGAACAGAGCUUUGCAGCUCAUAAGUGGUACGCGAUAUGUAUCAGUGAUGUUGGAGACUACGAGGGUAUCAAGGCAAAAAUAGCAAAUGCUUAUGUCAUUAAAACACACUUUCAGAAAGCCAUUGAACUUAAUCCCAAAGAUGCAACAUCAAUUCAUUUAAUGGGACUAUGGUGUUUCACAUUUGCUGAAAUGCCCUGGAUCCAGCAGAAAAUAGCGGCUGCAUUCUUUGCCACCCCACCAAGCUCCACUUAUGAAGAGGCUCUCCAGUAUUUUGACAAAGCUGAAGAAGCUGAACCAAAUUUCUACAGUAAAAACUUACUAAUGUUGGGGAAAACCUGCAUGAAAUUAAAAAACAAGAAGUUGGCUUUGUUGUGGUUGACCAAAGCAAGGGACUACCCCGCACGAAAUGAAGAGGACAAGCAGGUUCAAAAGGAAGCCAUUGAAUUACUUAAAUCACUGCUGGAGUCAAGGACUUAGCUGAAGUCACUCUUGCACAUUAAAAUAGUCUCCAGCCAGUCACUAUGUGAUGAAAUUAAUUUUGAAGUUAAUUGAUUUCUCAAACGUCAAUGAAAAUUAUUUUUAUUAGUUUAAUCACAAAGGAAUUUACACAAUUGUACAGCCCUGAUACAUCAUUAACCAAAUAAAUACUCAUAUUUGUGUACCUUUUAGUGCUGCAAAUUUGUGAAUAGUGGUGCAAGUAAAUAACUCAACUACCCAAAAAAGAAGCAAACCAUCAUAGUUGAAGUGUUUAACUUCAACUGCGGGAUGGUGCCAGUGCAUUCAUUAACUCCUAAAAAUAUAACUUUUCUCUUGCAAUGCAGGGAAGGUCUUAUAAUAGUAAGUCUUUGCAGAAAAAUUCUACAAAAUCCCAAAAUAACAUACAAGCUGAAUCACCAGCAGGUCUAUUAACAGUUAAUCCAUUCUAUAUUCAUCAGUAGUUUGUAUUUAAUCAAAGCAUUGUGUGGUCUAUAGCCACUUGGGUAACAGGAUAGCAAGUUUUCCACUUUCAACUAAAAACAUGAAAAACUUUAAUAAUAAAAGUAGGUGCCUAUUUUAUUAAACUUUGUUUGGACAUAAUUACAAAUAAAAGUUUUUCAAGCUCCUGACAGAUUGAAGUUUCAGUGGUAAUCUUGAUGCUUUGUUGCAAAUACUAGCUAAUUGAUAUGCAGAAGUGGUCAGUUGCUAAACUGUUUUUUGGGUGGGGGAAAUAUAAUAAAAAGCAGUAGCAAAAACUGACCAAACUCGAGCUUUUACAAAACUUUUACAAAUUAAAAACUUUAAUGGAAUUUACAACGUUUAAAUUUAAAGCAUUACAAAUGUUACAUUUCAAAUGUCUCUAUCUCCCCAGUCACUGCAAGGAAGCACAGCGUGUUAGAAGUUGCAGUUCAAUAUAAUUCACAAUUUUUUAAAUAUAUUUUUGUUACAUGUCAUUAAGUAAAUGCCCUCAAUACUGGUGAAACUAUUUUAAAUGUAUUAUUACAUGUUUUUGAAAUUUUUGAAUUUAAAAAAUAAAUCACUUGAUAUUUCUCAGAGGUUGAAGGCCUAUUAGAAAUUAUAUUUCAAAGCCAGAAAAAGAGAUGCAUAAUAUAAUUUAUACACACAGAACGUAUACCAUUGCAAUGGGAAAACUAAUUAUACAACAUUCCUUACAAAUGUGCAAAACUUAAUUGACUUUUUAUUCCUGAUUGAUAAAUGUAACUGUUCUAAAAGACUGAACAUAAAAGCAGCAGAGGUAAUAUUUUGCAUAAUUACACUGUGAAAAUUGUCCACAUUAGCUUUUUGUAUAUAAAAUAACAUUAGUAUUUGGGAUACUA